GGCGACUCAGCACAGUUCGCUGGCUCCCCUUCUUCAGCCCAUCUGGAGGAGCAGCGGCGGCGGCGGCGGCGGCGGCAGGAGAAUGGCAUCAGAGCUGGCAAUGAGUAGCUCCGACCUGCCCACCAGUCCCCUGGCCAUGGAAUAUGUUAAUGACUUCGAUCUGAUGAAGUUUGAAGUGAAAAAGGAGCCGGUGGAGACGGACCGCAUCAUCAGCCAGUGCGGCCGCCUCAUCGCCGGGGGCUCGCUGUCCUCCACGCCGAUGAGCACGCCCUGCAGCUCCGUGCCCCCGUCGCCCAGCUUCUCGGCGCCCAGCCCGGGCUCGGGGAGCGACCAGAAGACUCACCUGGAAGACUACUACUGGAUGACCGGCUAUCCGCAGCAGCUUAACCCGGAGGCGCUGGGCUUCAGCCCGGAGGACGCGGUCGAAGCGCUCAUCAGCAGCAGCCACCAGCUCCAGGGUGGCUUCGAUGGCUACGCCCGGGGCCAGCCGCUGCCCGGCGCCGGGAGCUCCCUGGGCGCCGAGGAGGUGGGCUCGUCCGCCGCCGCAGUGGUGUCGGCCGUAAUCGCGGCGGCCGCGGCUCAGAGCGGGGCGCCCCAUUACCAUCACCACCACCACCAUCCCGGGGGCCACCACCACCCGCCGGGCGCCGCGGGCCCCGGCACGUCCAGCUCCAGCUCCAGCUCGUCCAGCUCCAGCUCGUCCGGAGGCGGCGGCAGCGGCGGGGGCGGCGGUGGCGGCGGCUCGGCUGCGGGGGCCGGCGCCUUGCACCCGCACUCACACCCGCACCCGCACCCGCACGGCAGCCUGCACUUCGACGACCGCUUCUCCGACGAGCAGCUGGUCACCAUGUCGGUGCGGGAGCUCAACCGGCAGCUCCGGGGGGUCAGCAAGGAGGAGGUGAUCCGACUGAAACAGAAGAGGAGGACCCUUAAAAACAGAGGCUAUGCCCAGUCGUGCCGCUUCAAGAGGGUCCAGCAGAGGCACGUCCUGGAGUCGGAGAAGAACCAACUCCUGCAGCAAGUCGAGCACCUCAAACAGGAAAUCUCCAGGCUGGUCCGGGAGCGGGACGCCUACAAAGAGAAAUACGAGAAGUUGGUCAGCAGUGGCUUCCGAGAAAACGGCUCGAGCAGCGACAACCCGUCGUCUCCAGAGUUUUUCAUGUGA